AUGCAGAUGUAUAAGGAAAGAUUACCAGGAGAUAGUUUACCUCCAGAACCUGUUAUUAACCGGCGAGGAACGUGGAUUAAGGCCGUAAUAUUCUACGCAGAACAUUUCGAAGCCAUUAAAGAACUAAUUUUUGAUUUAUAUGAUGAUUCGCAAUGUGUUGUGCAAAGUAAAGAGUUGUUAAAAAGUGCAAGUGUCGCUAAAGAUCUUGUUUUUAUUAAGAGUGAUACAAACCACAUAAGGACGAGCGACUGGGACGAAAUCAAAAAUUUAAUAAAAAAUUUGACGUCGGAAUUGCGCAAAGAUUUGAAAGAAAUUAAAACUGAUUUACAAGAAUAUAAAGAAACACUGAAAAUUUUCAGAGAAGAAAAUGUAGAAUUAAAGAAAGAAAUUAACGAACUGAAAAUAAAAGUUGAAAAUUUGGAAAAAUUGGAAGAAAAAGUCGAAAACUUCGAAAAAUACAAGAAGAAAAAUAAUAUAAUUAUAAGUGGAUUUAAAAUACGCGACAAUGAAGAAGAAGCGCAAGAAGAAAUAGAAAAAUUGGUCAAAAACAAGUUACAAGUUGUUACAAAAGCGAAAAAAUUGACAAAAAUAAACGAAACAAUGUGCGUACUAAAACUGAACAAUCGAGAAAAAGCAGACGUAAUGAAAAAUAAACACAAACUAAGACAUGUCAAAGGCCAAAAAAUAUUUAUACGCCAUGAUUUAAUAGAACAAGAGAACAAAAUCCAGAAAAGCCUACAAGAAAUAGCAAAAGAUAAAAGAAACCAGAACAAAAAGGUAGUAAUUGGGUACCAGAAAUUAAUUAUAAAUGGCGAAAAAUUUAUAUGGAAUAAAAAGAAAAAUACGAUUGAAAGUACGAAGACUCUUAAUGAUAAUUCAAAAAACUAG